UUUCUUUAACUAGUUUGUAUAAUUGUAUCUUAAAGCUUCUUGCAUAAUUGCAUUGCAUCAAGGAACAAUACAAGUUAGAAGGAAUUAGGAUGAGAUUCAUGAGAAUAAAUGUGUUAGUUAAAUGAUUGAUGUUUUAGUUAUACACUUAUGCAGUUAUAGAUAUGUAAUUAAAUGCUCAACCAUUUUAUCUUUGAUAGGUAAAUGGCUUCUGCAAAUGAGAAGACUAUUUCAUCAUCAAGUGGAAAAAGUGAUCCAUGUUGGAAAUAUGUUCAAUGCAUUAAUCCAAACAACAAGAAUGAUUUGAAAUGUAACUUUUGCAAUAAAGUUACAAAAGGUGAAAUAUUUAGAGCUAAACAACAUAUUGUGGGAGGUUUUAGAAAUACAACCAUUUGUCAAAGAUGUCCACCACCUGUACGAGAAGAGAUUCAGUCUUUUAUGAUAAAUAAGGUUAAUGCAAGCAAGAUGCUUGAAGGUAAUUUUCUGGAUAAUAUUAUUGAAGAAGAUGCUUUUGGCGGUGAUGAAGAAGAUGCAGAUGAAAGAACCAUUAUGAUGAGCUCGCACCAAGGAAGUAGUAAAAUUUUGAAUGCAAAGAAACGACAACGACAAAAGGGGCCAAUGGAUUUAUACUUCACACAAAAUGCUGAAAAUUCAAGAAAAAAGGAAAAAAAUCUGAAGCAAACAACAAUCAAUGAUACUUGCAAGAAGGAGUUGCGGGAACGGGCAUGUAGAGAAAUAGCUCGAUGGUUGUAUGAUGCAGCGAUUCUAUUUAAUGCCGUUAAAUAUCCUCAAUUUCAAGUAAUGAUCGAUGCAAUUGGUCAAUAUGGUAUUGGCAUGAAAGCACCUAGCUACCAUGAGGUCCGUGUCUCCUUGCUUAAUAAAGAAAUGGAGGAUGGCAAAAAGAUACUACAAUCCUAUGAAGAAGAAUGGGCACAUUAUGGUUGCUCUAUAAUGGCUGAUGGUUGGACAGACAAGAGGAAUAGGACAUUAAUAAAUUUUUUGGUGAAUUCUCCAAAAGGAACUGUGUUCUUAGAAUCUAUUGAUGCUUCGGGUUAUGCAAAAACUGGAGAAAAAAUGUUUGAGUUGCUUGAUCGCAUGGUUCAACGUGUUGGAGAGAAAAAUGUCAUACAAGUAGUUACUGAUAGCGCAUCCGUUAAUGUCUUUGCAGGUAAGCGCUUGGAAGAAAAAUAUAAGAAUUUGUUUUGGACUCCUUGUGCAGCACAUUGUUUGGAUUUGAUUUUGGAAGACAUUGGUAAGAUGCCAAAUGUGAAAAGAACUGUACAAAGAGGAAUCAGCUUAAACUCCUUCAUUUAUGUUCGACCGGGCAUGGUUAAUAUGUUGAGGAGUUUUACCGGUCAAAGAGAACUUGUUAGGCCGGGUGUUACAAGGUUUGCCACGGCAUUUCUCACACUUCAACGAAUCCAUAAAUUGAAGAAUUGUUUGAGGAAAAUGUUUACUUCUGAAGAAUGGGAAAAGAGUAAGUGGUCAAAGGAAAUUGCCGGGAAAAAGCACAAGCUAGUAUAAUGAUGACAAGAUUUUGGACAAGCAUUGUAUAUAUUUUAAAGAUUUUCCGCCCUAUAGUUAGUGUGCUUCGAUUGGUUGAUGGUGAGAAAAAACCGGCUAUGGGAUACAUUUAUGAAGCCAUGGAUACGGCCAAGGAAGCUAUAGCAAAGUCGUUUGGAGAAAAUGAAGAACAAUACAAAGAUGUGUUUGAUAUCAUUGACAAACGAUGGGAAUGUCAACUUCACCGACCUUUGCAUGCGGUUGGGCACUAUCUUAAUCCGGAAUUUUUUUAUGCCAACCCAAUGGAGAUUAUCAGAACUAGUGAGAUAAUGGAUGGAGUGCUUGAAACUCUAGAGAGAUUGGUUCCUGAUGCUUCAUGUCAAGACAAAAUCAACAAUCAAAUGAGUAUAUAUCAAAAUGCGGGUGGCAUAUUUGGAAGAAACUUGGCAAUUAGGAAUCGAAGUUUGAAAUCACCAGCCGAAUGGUGGAAAUCUUAUGGAGCCUCAACUCCAGAGUUGCUAGAUUUUGCAAUCAAAGUACUCAGUCUAACUUGUAGCGCAUCCGGUUGCGAGCGUAAUUGGAGUAUUUUUGAACAUGUUCAUAAUAAAAAAAGGAAUAGACUUGAUCAACAAAAGUUGAAUGAUUUGGUCUUUGUGAAAUAUAACCGAGCACUAAAGCGUCGAUAUGAUGACCGUGAUCGCAUUGACCCCAUUUCUUUACAAGAUAUUGAUGAUGCAAAUGAGUGGUUGAUGGGUACGCUAGAACAAGAGCAAGGAGACGACGAACUAGUGUUUGGUGAUGAUGACCUUACUUGGGAUGCAGUUGAAAGAGCGGCAGGGGUUGAUGAAAGCGCAUAUACUACUCGAGGUCGAGGAGGAGGAAAGGGAAUAAAUACUAGUGCUUCAAGUUCAAGGCCAUCAAAGGGGAAAGAGAAGGCAAUGAAGCCAUCAUUUGCUAGUUUGAGAACCCCCUUAAAUUCUAGAGAUGGCAAUGAUGAGGAAGAAAAUCUUGGAGAUGAUUAUUUUGAUGAAGAGAAUGAUGAAUUUGAAGAGAAAUUUGAUGGAGUUGGUGAUGAUGAUAAUUAUGAAGCACUUGAUGGUUUUGAAUAUUUUGAUGAUGAAAGUGAUUAGUGGCUAGAUUUUUAUUAUUAGUUAGGAGUUAGGACUCAAUGGGUGCAUUAUAUCACAUUAUUGCAUUUUGGUCUUGAACAUUUGAACUUAUUAUGUCAUUAUGCAUGUUGGUGCCUUCUAUGAUAUUAAUCUAUA